GAGAGAGCAGUGUCCUUGGCCAAUGAGAAGUGAGGAGGGCGGGACCGGCUCGUUCUGCUCUGACAUGGCGGCGGCUCCCUGUACCGGGUAGUGCACUAACUGCAUUGAACGGAUAGACACAAGGGCGAGAGGGACCAAUGAAGCGCUCUCAGACUCCUCCUGGAACUAUGGUAAAUGGCGCCCUGCGUUCUCUCUCCCGGGAGCUGGGGAAGGGGAGCGCACUUAUGCUUUCUGCACCUGUCCUGGAGCUGCCUAGCCCUGGGGCACGGUCCCCCAUGCACCAUGAAGGGACCAGAUUGGCCAGCCAAAGUGACAUCCAAACAGAAGGCAAGUCUGGAGGCACGGUCAAGGUGUACCUACCUAACCAGCAAAGAACGGUGGUUAACGUGAAGCCUGGAAUGACUGUCUAUGAUUCACUCGAUAAGGCUUUGAAAGUGCGAGGCCUGAGUCAGGAGUGCUGCGCCGUUUAUCGUCUCAUACAGGGCCGUAAAACAAUCACAGAUUGGGAGACCGAUAUUACCCCGCUCGUGGGAGAGGAGCUGAUGGUGGAAGUGUUGGCUAAUGUCCCUCUUUCGAUGCACAAUUUUGUGAGAAAGACCCAUUUUAACUUGGCAUUCUGUGACUUCUGCCUAAAGUUCCUGUUCCACGGUUUCCGUUGCCAGACGUGUGGUUAUAAAUUCCACCAGCAUUGCAGCAGCAAGGUGCCCACGGCUUGCGUGGAUAUGACCAAACUCCCCAAACACAUGGUAUCUGAUUACCACGACUUCCCAGGAUUUUAUGACAAUACCCCCAGUUUGUCCUACGAGCCCCUAACACCACAGCCACCCAGCCCUCGGACACAGCACCCAGGAUCUGGUUCCUUUUCAUUUCCCGGUGAGGGACCACCCCUGCAGAGACACCGUUCCACCUCUACCCCAAACGUUCAUAUUGACAGCACCACAGGCCCCGUGGAUAACUCCAUUAUUGAGGAGGCGCUACGGAGCUCUGCAGUUUCCCCCAGUGAUGGGGGUCCUAAAAGUACUGCAUCACAUGGGAGCAAGUCUCCCCAAGCCAAGUCACCGGUGGAAACCACACGAGAACGAAAAACUUCAGCUUCUGAUGAAAAGAAAAAGGUGAAACCACUUGGCUACCGAGACUCUAGCUAUUACUGGGAGGUGAACUACACGGAGGUGCUUAUUCUGAAACGCAUUGGCACAGGAUCGUUUGGCACAGUAUUUCGCGGCAAGUGGCAUGGAGACGUGGCCGUUAAGAUCCUCAAAGUCACCAAUCCUACCGCAGAACAGAUCCAGGCCUUCAAGAAUGAAAUGCAAGUUCUCAGGAAAACCCGUCACGUUAACAUCCUGCUGUUCAUGGGAUUCAUGACGCGGCCGAACUUCGCAAUAAUCACACAGUGGUGUGAGGGGAGCAGCCUGUAUCGCCACCUGCACGUGAUUGAGACGCGCUUUGACAUCUUCCAACUCAUUGAUAUCGCUCGGCAAACAGCCCAAGGCAUGGAUUACCUCCAUGCUAAGAAUAUCAUUCACCGCGACCUGAAAUCAAACAACAUCUUCCUGCACGAGGGUCUCACCGUAAAGAUUGGUGACUUCGGCCUGGCCACAGUUAAGACACGGUGGAGUGGCUCACAGCAGGUGGAGCAGCCAAGUGGUUCCAUCCUAUGGAUGGCCCCAGAGGUGAUCCGAAUGCAGGAGAACAGCCCGUACAGCUUCCAGUCCGAUGUAUACGCCUAUGGAGUGGUUCUGUAUGAGCUUAUGGCCGGACUGUUACCGUAUGCCAACAUCAAUAACAGAGACCAGAUCAUUUUCAUGGUGGGACGUGGCUACCUCUCUCCUGACCUCAGCAAAGUGUCGAAUAAUUGCCCCAAAGCAAUGAAAAGGCUUCUGAUUGACUGCUUAAAAUUCAAGAGAGAAGAAAGGCCACUGUUUCCCCAGAUUCUCUCAUCCAUUGAGCUGCUUCAACGAGCGCUGCCCAAGAUUGAGCGCAGUGCGUCAGAACCUUCACUACACAGAGCAGUGAAUUCUGAGGACCUAAACCCUUUCUUAGUGAACACCCUGCGACUUGUGCCCCAGUGAUGGAGUUCUGAUAUCCUGGCCACUAGCCUACUGUGCAUACAGCACCCCAUGCUGCAGUACCUACAGAUAAUGUGACUGUGACGGGAUCUUUCACAUGUGACAAAGCUGGUGUCAUUCUUUGCCGGGGUUGGAUGUGGCUUUCUUCUUCUUCAGACACUUUGCUGGCUGUGUUUUCCCUCCGUAUAAAGCUUUUUUUUUUUUUUAAAUUGUACAAAUUCCUCCACCCGCGACAAAUAAUCUUCAUUCCGCUGUAGAUGGGUCACCUGGCCGAAUCCAGUGUCAUAAGUCAGUCUGCCCACCUCUACAACUUGGUUUGCAUCGUUAAAUGCCCUUUUGUGAGCUCAUGCAGAACAUUAAAGCAAUCUUUGGAAUACUUUACCAGUUUUGGGCUGAGAUGGGCAGCUGAUCCUCCCAUCUGAAUCUUACAGUUAUUUAUCAGGAGUUCUGCGAUUGGUCGCUAAUUAGUGCGUAUACAUUGUAAACCAUUCAACAUGUGUCAUGUGUAUAUAUAUUGCACCAUGUUUAAAAAGCGCAGGAGGCAUCGUUACACCCUGAAAACACUUUAGAACAAGUCUGUUGUGGCUUAUAAAGUGGACUUUGAAUUAUACAUGUGCCUUCCAACUUUGGAAUUCUCCAUGGACAAAAUAAGCUCCUUUUGGAUUAAAAAUAUUACCUAUAUAGUGACUAAAUCUAAUGCAAUAUUGUAAGAAUGGUGUCAGGUGGUUACUGUGAUGUGAACAUCAUACUUUAGCAAAAUCAACUUUGAGCUUAUUUCUUAGAAUAGGGUAAUUUCCCCAUUUACAAGCCAUUAUUCGUCUCCCGGGAGAUGGAGCUAUUUAUUGCAAGGACUAAAAUGUGUCUGAUUUGUGCUUCUGGAGCAUUCUUUCGAGCGGCCGGGAGAAGCGGAGUCUCCUUUCGAGCGGCCGGGAGAAGCGGAGUCUCCUUUCGAGCGGCCGGGAGAAGCGGAGUCUCCUUUCGAGCGGCCGGGAGAAGCGGAGAAUUCUUUGUAAUUUUAAUGGGGCCUUCUUGUUGGAUGCACGUUAUCCUGUAUUUACUUUAAUGCGAGGAUUUUUUUAAAUUAAGCCUGGUAUGCUUGAGAAAUGAUGUGGAAAUAAAUAGAACUGUAUGGUGAGGGCAGAUACACAGAAAUUUAAAUGGAUUUGUGUAAUAUAUAGUUUUAAAUAAAAUACAUUUGGUGUAA